UAAGCCUCACAUGCAGAGUUUCUAUAGAAAAGAUUGGAUAACUUCCAGCAUCACAUUGAUGCCGUUUUAGUUUUGCUUAUCUAAUGUUUGUUUCCGUCAGCUUAAGAUUUAGUAACCCGGUUUCUUUUGAAGGAGACGACUUUCGUCGAGAGCAGUUUUGGUAGCUAGUUAUAAUUAGCUUCGGGCUCUAACGUCAGAGGAAUUGUGCUUCUGUUACACAGAUUGCUGGAAAACCACCUUGUUGUGUAUCCCAUUGUCCUGCCGGGAUGUGGGGGUUAAGGUCUUACCCCAUUUAAUUUCUGGGGGAGGAACACCGAGCCGAACCUGUCACCAGAGCCCAGCGUCUUGUGUCAGGUGUUCGCGCCGGCAGCGGUAAAUCUAAAAAUGUGAAUUACAAUGUGUUUACGGGAAGAGAGAAACUUUCCUUACCCAUCUUGGCCGUAUUUUAGUACAUCACUUAUCAUGUUAUCAUCCCCUAGCCAGAAAUUUCUUUCUGCAGGAAAUAUCCAAGGCUGAUGGCCUCCAGCAAAAUUGAGAUUGAAUGUGAAGUGAUCAACGUGAAUCAGCCAUGGUUGAGCUCCCUCUGCCUUUUGUUCCUUUUGUACACAGGGAAUCUUAUCACGAUUUGAAUUGAUCACUUGAUGUCAUUUGCAUCUUUAUAGUUUAUCUUUUGUUGUUUCGAAGGAAACAGUACUGCCGACACACACAUCUUUUUCAAUUCUUAGAAACCGGAAUUUCAGCAAAUUCGAAAACAUCGGUCGAUUGUUAUGUAAAUAACUUCGCUUGACGUUAUUCAGUCUUUCAAACUUCCUGUACCGCCCACAACUUCUGCACGUAUAUUAGCCCGGUUGAUGGAGUUAGGGUUGUGCUAAACGUCAGUCGUCACAGCAGCGUAGGGAUGUGUUAUGCCUGAAGUUUUGGGUGGCUUCCGCCUUUUGUAAUCUAGAAAGCCAAACCGUCGUCAAACAGUAAUGGUUCUUGCCAGCGUACAUCGUUUUAUAAUUUCAAGGGUCUUCGUUUUGUUGAUUAUAGUUGUGGAAUGGAGAGUAUUUAGUUUCGAGGCUGAGAGGAUACGACGGAAAGUGGAAAGUUCCCCUAAGACUAUCCAACUUAGUCGUGUGAUUGGUGAGUCAGCACGAAUGACUUAUAAAUCAAAGGACCUUGACUUUGACAGUGCUUUGAAGUCUUCAUAUUGGAAAAAAGAUACCUCCAAUAUCUCAAGAACAGACAGGAUUUCUCUUGGAAUCAACAGGAAUAAGACCAAGUUUUGGUUGGAGAUCAAGAAAGUGGAUGUUCAGGAUUCAGGGACGUAUUCAUUUGUACUAAAUGGUACAGUUCUUAGGUGGUGGCUGCUGCACAUCAAAGAACCUUGUGGAGUGCCGCUUGAGGAAAAAGCCACAUCAUGUGUGCCAUUCAGUAAGCUGUCCCAUCCAGAUUGCCCAUCAUUCCCAGGAAAACCAUUAAAUGUUCGAGUUUCUUAUCAUCUUUAUGAAGGAAUGCCCAUCGUUCAAGUAACCUGGACACCACCCAAUACAGGAUUUGGUGAUUUAUGGGGCUAUCAGUUAUAUAUUACUGGAAAAGGCGGACAUCCUGGUCAUAAUGACUGUGCACAGAUAAACAGAAAGAAGGAAAUAUUAUACUGGACCUUCCAUAAAAACAUCAGAUAUGGAGCUACAUACCAGAUAACAGUACAGAGUAUGCCAUCACAUCAUAAGAAUGACAACAAUUUAGUACACUUAAGUGUGAGAGUUCCAGAAAAGUGUCAAUUUAAACAGUACAUGAACUUGCUAGAGUGCUCAUGCUCUUUUAUAAACGUCACUGCAAAGUACACUGACCACAAAAUUCUUCUAGAGUGGGCUUUGCCUUUAAAAGAUAAAUGUCAGAGUAUCAAUAAGACAUUCACAAUUAGAUGGAACAACAUUCAGAUACCUCAAGAGUGUACCGGGGAAGAAGAGGUCAAGGAAGGCUAUGAAUUUAUCAUUCAACUGGAAAGGGACAAGUGUACGAGGUUUAACUACUCCAUUAAGUUAAGUGGCAAGAUCAACGAGGUACCCAUUAAAGAUGUAAGAGUGACAGUGUUAAUUCCGAAGGUGCCAACACAAGCUGUGAAGCAAUCAGAUGCUUCUAAAAAACUCUUCAUAGCUGUUCUGGGUGCUUUCCUCGGACUUCUUAUUUGUUCCCUACUUGUGAUGUACAGAAUAUUCUUUUGGCAAGUACGUAUCAAACUUCCAGAUCACCCCCUUCCCAGGCCUCCUCUAAAUAAUCCUUUGCUCGAGUCAGACAAGAAACGAGUUUUUGUCAUGUACACCAGAUGCUGCGAGAAGUGUAAUCAUGUAGUUCACUGUUUUGGUGCUGUGUUAAAUUCUACGGAACUGAUUGAGGCUAGUAUAGAUAUGUGGAAUACAUUGGAUAUAGCACCCAAUGUUCCCCGCUGGUAUGAAGACCAAGUAAAGAAUUCACACUGUGUCGUCGUUCUCGCUUCCCACAAAAUGUCAGUCAGAUGUCACAGCGCUUCGGAUGAAGGAGAUGACCCCUUGAACAUCAGAUGUCAAUUAAAUCUCAUACGAGGACAGAUUGCUCAGAAUCCCGAUGUGCACAGAUUCAUUCCCGCGUUCUUUUCCUGUAGCGGAACCAAGAAAAAUAUUCCAGAAUUCCUUUCUUCUCGCUGGAGUCACAAGUUGCCAAAGGAAGUGGACCGUAUUAUCUUUCACCUGCUGAAUGUUGAGAAAAUACAACCGUAUCGUACACAGCCUAUUAUCGUGAUGGGUGGAAAUGGUCAUCCAUUCGAUGAAAAGAAGAAAGAAUUAGAAAGAGCUGUGCAGGAAGCUGAGACCUUUCACAGGAAUAACAAUUUACAAAAUUUGUAACUCACACAACGUUUCUGUGUUUGUGGUGUGCGACAAUGUGCGAGUUUUUGCCAUCUCAAAUCGGUAGAUCCUGCUCAUCACUUAUGAUUGAAGUUCCUAAUACUCUAUUAUAAAAGUUUCUUUUGGUAGCUGCAAUCUUUGAAUAGUCCUUUUUACAGUUGUGGGCUUGGUGGCCAAACCUUUGAACAGGAGUGAGGCUAAGGGUGACCUUGUUAUGAUAGAGAUGUUGCUGCUUUUCAAAUGCAAAUUUCUUUGUUAUCAUGCUAACUAGAUACAGGUAUCUACAAAAGCCGAGAAGAGACUUCAGACUUCAGACUUCAGACUUCAGACUUCAGACUUAAUAAAGGUGACUGGAGAGUUGAAGAUUUAAGCCUUCACAGUUCACGAAAUUAGACUUCAGACUUCAGACUUCAGAAUUUUGUCCUCAUAAUAAUAAUAAUAAUAAUAGUAAUAAUAAUAAUAAU